AUGGAGCAGAAGAAGUCGGUGCCAGGCUCGCUGCAAGCGUUCCUCAAGGACGGCGUUGAGGCAGCGGAGUGCAGCAUCUGCACUGAACCUUUCAACAACCAACAUGUCGUCGUCCAGAUCAAAGAGUGCGGCCAUCAUUUCGGGAGGAACUGUCUGGAGAAGUGGUUGAAGCAGAAGGAUACCAAGGGUACAUGCCCGACAUGCCGCGGCGUGCUAUUCAAGAAGAAGCGCAGGAAUCCCCGCAGUCAAGCAACGACUGCACCCGUCACACAGCCGUCUCUACCUCCACAGGCACCACGUGCUAUAACCUUCAACCAAUACUACAGCAACCCGGAAAAUGUGCAGCAGUCCAGCCGGGAUGGGUUUCUGAGCAAGGCCUGGAGCUUCAGAGCCCUGUUUGGGCCCACCCAUAUGGUUCUUCAGGCUUACAAUGCGGACAACGAUCCCUCGAGGGCCAGAAACAGUGCGGAGCGGCUUAUGCUGACGCCAUACAUCGAAUUGCUACGCCGGGCCUUGAAUAGCAACAACGCUGCGCCACUACACUGUCCCGUGGUCGGCCUAGCAAGGACUCUCUCCCAGCUAUUCGAGUUCUGUACAACCACAACCAACUUCGUGCCCACAGAAGGCAUGUGGAGGGCCAUCAUGCUGUAUCAGACUGAACUGGAUGAUCUGACCCCGAUCUUCACUUGGCCGACCCUGUGCGAAGCAGCGUGGACUUUGCACGACCCAGAGGACCUGCUCCGGAGAGGCGGUCAACAGUGGCAAACCCUAUACCUAUUUCUCUGGCUCAUACCAGUGUACCGGGCCCAGCGACUCAGCAGUUCUACCGCAUUCACUAUUGACGAACUCCGCGACAUGCUCAAAGCUCUCAACAUCGGCUAUCCCAUCGCCCCUAGCGAUGCUGUUGACACACAGACUCGAGUGUUCCUCUCAGCUGCUGUUCAUGUCCUGACAGGCUGCAACACCAGCGUGACUCAGUUGAAGAUAGACGUGGAGGGAAUUUGGCGGCAAGGUCUGGCGAAAGGUGGUGCGGAUGUGGCGGCUGGAUAUCCGGAACAUUGGUGGACUGGAGUUUGA